GCGAUACCUGCAAAAGUUAAUUCAUUGUGAGAGUUUAACAUGUGAUUCCAUUCGUGAAGUUUGAUGUAAGAACCUUGAGAUGCCAUCUUCACUAAUGAGAUUUUUAGAUAAAAUUUGAGGUUGAGACCUCCUACAUAAACAGGAACUUCUCUGUAUAUAAAGCCAUCUUCACUGCCUCAGACUUCAGCUUUCACGCUAUUAUGUAAUAUUUCUCUAAUGCUUCAGAAUAAAUUUGUUGCAUGUGUGGAGUUGUGAGUUCUGGCCGAGUUGAAGUCUGGAAGAGCGUGUUCUUACGGUUCUGUUCAAGAACAAUGAGCCGCACUUGGAUUUUCUGCAUUUUCUUGGCUUUUUCAGUGCAGGUUACAGCCGCUUCACGGGGGCACAUGUGUGUGACAGAUUACUGGAAAACCAUCAGCUGUUCUUUAAAACUACCAGUCACAUCUGCUAGAAAGAUAUCAUACUGGCUGGAGGCUCAUUUGAUCAACAGUAACCAGAAUUAUAGCUGCCAACUUCAGAGAGUACACGAAGAUCACAUCUGCAAUUUCACAGUAGAAUCAGGCUUCAUGAGUGUUCAUGGAUAUUCUAUGACACUUCAUUAUUUGGAAAAUGGAACUAUGAAUUCGUCUCUGUUGGAUGCUUCUUUUGAGCCAGUAAAAAAUAUUAAACCAAAAUCCCCAUUAAAUCUGACGUUACAAUAUGCAAAUGGGACGUAUCGUUUCUUUUGGAAGAGUGGAUAUGAAACUCAUGAAUACCGAGAAGCUCUACCCUUCCUAUACGAAUUCAAGUACUGCAAAGAUGGAGAUCACACAAGUGAGGUCAGUGUUCAACCAGACAAAACAAUGAUUCAGAUUGACGAAAUGAAGCUUGAUCCGAACACUAUGUACACUGUGAUGGUGAGGAGUAAGAUAGGUAAAAAAAUGGAGUACAGUGGAACGUGGAGUGACUGGAGCAGCGCAGUGAAAUGGAAAACAGCGCACAGAGAUGAGCCCAGUCAAGUCAGCAAGAUUGCCAUUGGAAUGUUUGCAAUGGUUGGAAUUUUAAUUCUGCUUAUGUCCAUUCCUGCCGCCAGAUUUAAGAUGAAAGAAAUUUCAUGGGUGCCAACACCAGCAACGUACUUCCAGCCACUUUAUCAAAAUUACCAUGGCAAUUUUCAGUGUUGGGUUUUGGCAAAAAGUCCUUUACAAGAUUUUCAAGUUAUGGAAGACUUUUCAAAAAUUGACAAGAUUUCCGAGGUCCUUACCUCACUACAGGAUCAGGUAGAGAAAACGGGCAUGUAUCCCACAGCGCAAUGCCACACGCCCUAUGUGAGCCCCACAGCUGAGGUCUGGGCCCCGUGCCAAAUGCCUGAUACACGCAGCGAGAUGAGCAUCCCGUGUGAGGAAUUUUCCUUGUUCUGCGAAGAGUUGCCUGAUAAAGUGGACAACCUCUUCCAGUCUCUGAACUUGGCGUGUCUGAGUGGGGAUGUUCUGUUUCUGAAGGACUCAGCUCUUAGUCUUGAGUGUCUUAAGGACGAAGCUUCUGAAGCACCGGUUAUCAUUAACCCAGAGCCUGCGUGUUUCAAACGAGACUACUGCACUCUUACCAACACUCCCACAGGCCCCGUUCCCACCUUCACCAGAGAUGUGGAGUAGGACGAAAACACCUCCAAUGAUUAAAUGCAGGAAGAUAUUACACCACGGACUUCUGUAGAUAAGUAGGCAUUUUGAAUUGAUGCACUCUUAAAAAUAAAGGUGCUUAAAAGGUUCUUUACAGCGAUGCCAUAGAAUAAUCAUUUUUGGUUCCACAAAGAACCAUCUCUUUCUUAAUUUUUUUUUAUAAUCUGAAGAACAUUCUUUUGCUGCAAAGAGCCUUUCGUGAAACAGAAAGGUUCUUCAGAUGUUAAAGGUUCUUUAUGCAAUCAUUUAGACAAAAAGGUUAUUCUAUGGCAUCAUGAAGCACCUUUUUUAAGAGUGUAUCUAAUGCUGAUCAUUUAUUCACUUUUGAAGUAAGACUGUAUAUAAUUUAUGUUCUAGAACAAAAUGUACAGGCCUUUUCAAAUAACGUAAACAAUCAUUCUUAUACUGUACUUCAAUGAAAACAAGUUGUCCAGUGGUAAAGUAGCUAUUAUACUCCCUCUACUAUAGUUGACAUUUCAAGUGAGAUUUGAGUUUUUGUGUGCACUGAUUAUAUGAUUUUGUGUUUUUCAUUUUAUUUCAUUCAUUAAGUAACAUUAAAGUUGAAUGUACUGUAUUUCCAUUUGUGGUAUUUGUACUGUGAAGAAAAUGUAUUUCAUGUGGUUAAGACUGUUAAAGCCAAACCUGAACUGACUGCAAUUUCACCUGGAAGAACAGAUAGAUUUUAGCAGUUUAAGUAAAUCUAAGUAAACUUUACCAGGGUAAAUAACUAUAUGGGUACAUAAGAGAGCAUAAAUUUAAAAAAAAAAUUAUUAUGUACUGUAUUUUCUUAAUAUGUGUGAAAUUAAAACUAUAAACAUACACCAUAUUAAAUACAAAAA